AUGACAAAGCUCAUCGCAACGCUGAGCGUGUUUCCAACGCCACAGGAGAUGGAAUGCCGUCGAUCGGUUGCCUGCCUGCCGGCCUACUCCAACAUUGCUCGUUUAGUGCGAAGACUUCGAUCGUUUUCCUGCGCUGAAGGACACGAGUUCAAGCUGCCACCUCUGUGGAAGCGAUUCGCUGCAGAAGUUCUGGACUCCUUCAUCUUGCUGUUUGUAAAGUUGCUGGUGACGUAUAUUGCCGUCGACUUUUUUGACAUCAUAGAUCUUGAUAAAUACGAUUUCGACUUACUCCGUGAGGACACCCUGAACUAUAAGCUGGCCUUGGAGGUUACUUCGGAGAUCGUAGUCCUGGAAGUUAUCCACCGGAUACUUGUCUGCUUCUAUGAGACUAUCUGCUUGCACAAGGGUAUCGACUCCCCAGGUGGACGGACUCCAGGCAAGGGAGUCUUUGGACUGAAGGUCGUCUCAUGUGCUAGCAUAGAAGAGAUUGGUGGGCGCCGCAUCAGAGUAUACCCGGCUGGAGACAUUGGACUAGGCUGGGCUCUGCUACGGUCUUUUGUCAAGAACUUUACGAUGGCGUUCCUUUUUCCUGCCUGCCUGACAAUCUUCUGUUUUCAGCAUGGCCGGGCAGCCUACGAUGUCCUGUGCAACUGCAUUGUCGUCGAAGAGCUGCCUCCUCAGAAUCGUUGAGAUGCACCACCUCAUGCUGCUCACUCAACAAUGAUACACUGCUUGCAGGAAGCGUCUUUGCUAGCACAACACAUUCUGGCCUUUGUUGUUUGCAUAUAGUACAUAUAUAUAUAUAUAUAAAUUAGCGAACAAGAGAAGAAGAAGAUCCCGGUUUAUUUUUACACCCAGAAUGUUGGCUCAUCAUUUGGGAAAGUGUGCUUCACAUAUACAUGCAGCAUAUUAUAUUUUAGCUCACAUUUGUUGGUCAGCAGAUUGGUCAGCAGACUCUUCUCCUAAUUCAAAAGUGCGUUUCCCCACAGCAUACUUUGGAACAACUAAAGGCAGCAAUUAAUCGUAGUGUGAGAUGAGGUGAAGGGACCAACAGUGAUGGAGCAAGGGAGUCCCGGAUUGGAGCCAACGUUUUGACAAACAGACUUGUCUCUGUCAUUGCAACAACAGCAUAAGCUCCUUGGCAGUGUUUAAAUUCCCUUUGGGUGCCAAUUAAUUCUGUUCAUUAAAGACUUUGUUUCACCACGUUUCUUGCACUUUCCUAAUAAUUCAAAGCAUAGUGAAGCAGAACAGGUUAAAAGUAUUCCUUUCUUAGGCAAGUUUGUCAAGUUUUCAGAAUAUGAACUUCAUGUAUGAACUCUAAAAGGAUGUCAACUAUGAGAACAUUGGCCAUUACAUGUCCAGUAAACUUAUAGAGCAGAUGUCUAGUGGCUUGUAUAGUAUGCCUGAUGUACAAAAUUGUCAGACAACGAAAGAACUGAACUUGCGACAUGAUUGCAUACUGGCUCCAGAAGCAAAUGCUAGGACCGUCCAUCUGCUUUGACAAAAACACAUUAUUAUUAUAUGCAUGCAUUGUUUAAGUUUACAGCAGAAGUUCAGUCAGAAGGGUCUUGAGUUGUACAGGCACUUUUUGCAGGUAAUUAUUAUCAUCGCUAUUGCUGCUGUCGAUGUGCAAUUUUGGUGCGUUUGUUUGUGUUCAGAGUGCCUGAAGAUGGCAAAGCUCACUAUCCCUUUAUCCCUCCCCCCCCAUCUCCCUACUGGGGUUGGAGGAGUGGGCACAUAGAGUAAGGUGAGGGAAGUUAAAAUGUUAAAAAGGACUGAUAAACUGUAGUAACAAAAAGGCACAGGGAUAUGCUGCAAGUUCUUCCAAGAAGUAAACACCACCCCUUCAUUUGGAAGAACUUGCUGGAAUCAUGCUACUGAAAGCCAUGGCGAAAAAUAACAUACACAAAAUUUAUCUGCGCAUGCUCAAGGGAAAGCAGUGCCAGCAUGUAAAUCAUAGACUUGUGUAGGCACUCACGAAAGGUGCUCUUUAGACAUGACAAUUCUUAUUUGUGCUAAAUAAUCGAGGGCUGAUUUACGCAUGUGUUACCACUGUUAAUGAUAUGCCAUGCCCAGACAAAAGGCGAACAUUUUGUCUCCUGCAUCUGAACAGAACUAUGUUGUCUGUAAAUUUUUUUAGACUACGCUUCCCACUCUCGACAGUGCAAUGAGAGGUGUAGACGCCAUUUGUGUUGUCCUCCUUCCUGCUUGUGUCCAUUUUCUCACACCUGCCUUUCAAUAGUAUGAAUUCCUACCAGCUCACUCGACUUUCAGUCAUUCUAAUUUGCGCAAGUAGAGAGUGAGCUAUACAAACAUUGCGAAGGAAAGUAGCCGUGGCCCUUAUGGCAAGUCUCUCUGUUGAAAUAUUGGCUCCAGGCUAAAGCCUCCCUCAUUCAGCCACUGUUGGUCAGAUCAAAUCAACAAUCACCCUGUGAAAAACCCGAGAUCAAGCAAGACGAAGCUGAAGUGGAAAAACACUGCAAGAUACUGCUUUGCUCUUCCACAUGAUUUCGUUGCUGGAGCCGCCUUGGUUUAUCUUGCCUCUAAAGCACCCCAUCUAUGUGCAUAACUGCUCAUCUGAAAUGUCUCUAAGCCACCAUUUGCUUGGCAAAGUGCCUUGAGGGAAGGCUGGUCUAAGAAUUACGAAAAGGGUCUGUAGUGUACGCUAGCUGAAAAAAAAAAAAAGACAUUGUGACCGACUUCCAGAGUAAAGUGUAUUUAUCAAAGUGGCCGGCUCAUUAUUGUGAGUCGCCGGCCGUCUUGCUUGUGGCGAGUUGAGAUCCGUUGAAACUAUUUUAAUCAUUAGGGCUGCCCCACGAGAUGUGUAGAAACGUGUGCGUCCCACCAAGAACAAUAGCUCACUAGUGUAUGCAUCUACCAUUUCUCUUGACUCUCCAAAGUGCCAUGCAGCUGCCUAUCGUGAAGUAGGCCACAAGCAUUGCUCACAAAAAUGUUUCCUUAGAUUAGCUGGAAAGCUCUCACCCACAUUGCAGAAAGCAGCUAUUGUUACCAAAAGCGCCCUCUUUUCUGCUUAUAUAUUGUGUAGCAGAUGACUAUUUUCGUCAAGAGUUUUCAGUCACGCUAACUAAAGGCAUUCACUUAGCGUUGUUAGUGGACUUGUUAGUGCUUGCUGUUGUACAUUGUCAUACUGUAACAUGUCUGGAGGGCCGGACUUUGCUUUAAAUGGUGUGUGUGUGUGUAUGGCAUUGAUAUUGUAACAGUGUUGGUUUGCUGAAAACAUUCUUCCCUCCACUCUGACUGCCUUGGAAGUUUUAUGGUUGUGCAAUGCUGCAGCAUCCUCUGCAGAAAUAAAUUCUGUGAACCAAAUG